AUGGCAAUGUUUGUGCGGACCGAAUCACGGCGUCAAGCAUGUCUUCCUUCAUCAUUACUAAUGGAUGUUAACGAUGAAACGUUGAUUAGCCGAUAUGAUAAUGCUUGGCGUUUAUCGCGUUUUUCGCAUUCAUCAUCAGAUAUAUCACGACACUCUCAAUCGGGUAAUUUUGAUGAUACUGGAAAUAAUUUUGUGGAAACAAAUGAUCAGGUUUUCAAUCGAACAGGUGACGAGAAGAUACAUCAACAAAAGCAGAAGCCAAAAGAUUUUCUUGGACAGGCGAAAUUUUAUUACGACAAAUAUAAAUUACGACAUGUAGCACCAUUUUUUUUAUUGGUAAUAUAUUCAUUAUUGGGUGCAACAUUGUUCUGUUGGGUGGAACAGGCGCAUGAACAGGAACUUAUCAGAAAAGAAAAAAUUAUACUGGAUGGCUUGAGGAAUCAUACAUUUCAACAGUUAAGACGAGUUUUCCGGAACAAAAAUUCGAAUGCAUAUGCAAAUCUGGUUAAUUCGAAAAAAAUAUUAUUGUGGUAUGAAAGUCAAUUAACAAAAUUAAAAAUGCCUGAAGGCUUAGAAUGGGAUAUGUGGGGAGCUCUCUUCUAUGUUGGCACUAUUUUUACCACUAUCGGUUACGGUAAUAUAGCUCCACGAACAUCAGGCGGUAAAGCAUUAAGUAUUGUUUAUGCAAUUUUUGGUAUACCUCUUGUAUUGGCUAUACUAAGUCAAUUUGGUAAAACGCUCACCACUUUUGUAAGCAAUAUUUGGAUGAGGUACCGAGAAUGUAUCAAAGGUUAUACAAGAGAGCAACGCAUUGCAAUAGCGAUACAACGACAAAAAUUGCGAGCUAAAAGGUUGAAGUAUAUACGAGGAAUGUUGGAUGUUGAGGAAGGCAAUGUGGAGUCGAAUCACCGACUACUAAAUAAUCCACCCUCAGAAACAAUCGAAGCAGUAGAUGAGGAAGUUGAGAGCAGGACAAUACCAGUUUGGCUUGCAUUAUUUAUUUGCAUUGGUUGGAUAUGUAUUUGUGCAGGUCUAUUUUGUCUCUGGGAAACACGCUGGUCCUAUUUCACUUCUCUUUAUUUUUUCUUCAUUUCACUGUCAACCAUUGGCCUCGGUGAUGUAGUGCCAGAUCAUCCGCACAUGUUGAUAUUGAUGUUUUGGUUGGUAAUUAUUGGCCUUUCGAUUGUUUCAAUGCUUCUCGGUGUAAUACAAAUUAAAUUUGAAGAAUGGCUCUAUCAUUUGAUGAUUCGAAUGCAGAAGGAGUAUCAGCGUGCUUUAGCAUGCGGAGAUCCGGUGAAGCGCAAUGAAAUCCUACAGCGCUUGCUGGCAAAUGAACCAUGGUAUCUCCGGAAUGUGGCACCGCAUUUGCUUAGUGAGAAACAAACUGCUGAGCUUGACAAACAGGCUGAAACUUACGAACGAUCAGUAAGAACGUUAAAUAAUAAAAAUAUUCAAACUGAAGAUGAAUUUUUCAAAAAAUCCUCGUUGUUUGAGUCGACUGUGAAGUUUCAAGAUAUGGGUACAACUAUUAGUCCUGCAACAGAAGUUUACUUGCAAAAGAAAGAAGUAAAUCCUCAGCGGAUGAAAAAUACUGGGGAUGUUGGAAUGAAGGAUUCGAUAAUGUCUUCAGCGCUUACCUCAAAUGUGCUAACUUCCCUACCAAACGCUGACGGUGAUGCGAAUUCAGUAUCUGAAGUCACAUCACUUCCAAUGGAUCUCACAAACUCAGAAGGCGUUGAUCGUAGUAUUCAGGCACGGGUAUCAUUGGUUGAUGAGGAACAGCAGAUCGAACUCUGUGUUCUGAAUGGUUGCGCUGUACAAACAGAUAUUGCACAAUUUCAAGCCAGAAGUCGUCCGAAAUUAAUGGAUCGCAGCAUGGAAACGUCUUUAGAUGAUGUUUCUGUUAAUAUUAAAAUGACACAAAAGGGAGAUAUUGAUAAUGAAAAUUCGAAUCAAUUAAUUAAGGGCACUGAACAUAACAGGACAGCUGUACAGUUUGAUGUUUCAACAGAAACCGAAACAUUUUUCCCGGAAAUGGUGGAACAAGGUGCGGUGACAGAGGAAGGAGCCAGUCAAGUAUUUCAUCGAUCCAUGGAAACAGAUGCAUGGAUGCCGCAGAUACAGGCACCCGAAUGCAGUCGGGCUGUACAGACAGCGUUUGAUGAUGACGAUGAAGAUCGUCGAACAUCCGAGUUAUCAGCGAGAAGAAAAAAUAUGAUGAGGAAGAUUGGUUUCAGACAUUCAAUUUUGGUCGAAAACAGUACGCAAUGUUCAUUCGAUACCAAAGAUAUGUGCGAUACGUAUGUCCAAACGAUGCUUGAUAUGAAUAAUUUUAAUCCCGAUAAUUUGGUUGAGAAAGAAUUUAAUGCGUCAAAAACACCGUUUUGUGGAAGAAUGAAUGAUUUAAGCGAAUCUGUGCCGAAGUGGGUAAGGUCAAGGAAACAGGAUCUCAUAAUUCAAACCGAUGAUUCAUACUUAAAAAUAGCUCGACGAUUGGAUCAAAUUCGAACAAACCGAACUGAAAGUUUGCAUAUUUGUAUGGCGAGACCAUUGAAGAAAGUGGAACAUGAAAGUAAUAGCUCAAAAUAUCGUAUCGAAAAUCCUGAUAAAAGGCAUGCACACUAUCGGGAACCAUCAAGUAAGAGGAAAAAAGAGCCAACAAGCCAGGUCAAUGAAGAAGAAAUGCUGUCACCUACAAGUGUUCCAGAGAUGAGAGAAGCGACAAUGUCACAAGAUGAUCGAUCGAUGAUAUUGGAUGUUUCCACAGCUAAACAUGAUUUUCGAUUAUACAAAUCGCGUUCCAUCUCACCAGAAAUUCAAUAUCAAAAGCGGUCACAGAAAUCAUUUCUCAUUCGAAAGCAAUCAUUACCACUUACUGUACAACCUGGUAAAGUGAGUGAUUUCAUUUGGUACCACGAGAAAGGCAUUCAUAAUCCGGGAACACCAGAAGGCCUUAAGGCAUCACAAACGACCAUUAUUGAUAUGCGGGAAAAAAACGCUAUAAGUGAUAUCAUUUGAUAAAGAAAGAUAGUGAUAAAAAUAAACUUAAUCGCAAUAAUUUGGAGAAAAUGUUUAACUAUCUUAUGGACACUAAUUUGUAAUCCUUGAAAAUAAAAAUCUGUUAUUUAC